AUGUCGCGCAAGCACGAUUGGGUGACUACCCUAGCACUCAGUUAUGCGGCAGGAGCCAAGAUUCACCUCUCCUCUGACAUCACAACAUCACCAGAGACCAUUGAUCUGUCCCCUUCCGAGUACUCUCGCUUCUGCCGCGCCUUCUAUCGCGUCGACUUAUUCUACGUCCUCUUCGGGGCGGUCGGAAACUUCAACGGAUUGUCCGGAACGGGAAACUUGCUCUUCCACAGACAUCCGCCGUGGGAGAAUGAGCAACUUGGCUGCGUACAUGACUUCGUUGAGGCGAAGUUUUUGGAAGCGUCCGUCGACGUCCUUGCCCACGAUGUCACCUUUGGCGAAUAUCAGAUCGACUAUUUGACAACCGGCGGAGAUAACAUGAUGAUACAGUUAUGGCUCUCUCGCGGACUCGACUUCCUCCGUCGCCUGAUCUCGACAACAUCUCGAGAGUCUAAGCGAGUGCUACUUGAAUCGGCAUUCAAUGCCGGCCGAACUAGUCUUUCCGAUGCGUUGGAGUGCAUCAUGGAUGCUCAUGCUUACAACAACACCGACUUGGAAGACUCCAGCACAUCUGAGCUCGGGACGAUAAUUCCCGCCUACGAGACUAUUUGCAACACGGACAAGGGGCCUUACGCGGAUUGGAUCUUCGUACGAGAGCCCGACGUUCUGAAGCUGUUUACCACCGCCAGAGAUGAAUACGACGAGCCUUCCGCUGAGGCGUUGGAGGAGAUGGAAGAAUCCUUCAAGCAGAGAUCCUUGAUCUGGCAGACGUCGACCAUGACGUAUUGGAGCAAAGGAUACACCGGUCACAAUUAUUAG